UGCGAGCAUCGUUUUCUUGGAUUUUGUGACCGCUUUGGUUAUCCGCCAUUUUGACGCUUCUCUUUGAAACCAAGGAGAAUUUUAAAAAAAAACAACUAAUUUCCAAAGGCACAAAAGAUCUUAAAAUUAUUUUGGUAAUUUUAUGUCAGUUUAAUUGAUUCAUGUCAAAGUUUUUUGUAACUUAUUUUGAGUUAAAUUUUAUAAAAUUAACUUCAGCCAACUAUAUUUUUAAUAUAAUAUUCCUUUUUUAAUUUUGUCUUUUGUUUUGUGCUGCUACAAAGUUCGCGACCUAUAACAACAAUCUAGUUCAAAGUUCAAAGGUUACCUCAAAUUAAAGUGUCAUGUUAUGAAUUCGUGUUUCCUUUUUGUUACGGUUUUUUUUUUCUUUUAAACAGUGCAGCACAAUAACUUAAAGAUAACUGCAUGCAUUUUUUAUUACGGCAGUCUCUGCUAUCUCUUUCAAAACGGAGGUUGCAAAGCCGGCUGACCGACCAACAUACUAGAAGAUUAUACAAAGCAAUGCGCCUCGUUCAAUUUGAAGCUGUAGCGAGUGGAAGGCGAGGACUCGGAGUUGAAUUAGAAGAUGGCAAUGCCAAUAUUGUUGAUCUCACUGAGUCUGUGCCAGAGUUACCAAAUAACAUGAACGAUUUUAUUGCAGGUGGAGAAGCCAACUUGGAAGCUGCUAAAAGGUUUUUUAUUUCAUUUCUUUAUUUUAACAAAAAUACAAUUCUUUAUUCACGGCACCACUCAGACUGAAUUCCUAUCACUGAUAUCACUAUCACUCGGCAAAGACAGUCUACUCAACCUGCUAACACUGAAUAUGAAUGGACACGAGGGGCACUCGGGAUAGUUAUUGAAAUUGAGACCAAAGCCCAAUUUCAAUACAUUGCCCAGUAGAAUUGCGUCGAGUCAUUCACAUGCCAUGCCAUUGCAAUUUCGUGACUGCAAUGGUCACAUUUUCUAUACUAAUACUAAUACUAUGAUGACCAGCGUUUCCCAAACUUUUAAGUUUCACCCACCGGUGGACAAGUUUCGAAACGGCACCAGGGACCGGUGCCAGAUUUAUUUUACAUUUUCUAAUUACAUUUUCUUUCUAUUUAAACAUCAAUAUUCAUGCUCUCUGGACCGGUAACGUAAGGCUCGCUGACUGGUGCCGGUCCAAGGACCACCGUUUGGGAAACGCUGCUAUGACAUUAAAUUAUUGUAUAUUUUUUUUAAAAAUUCAAAUUUUGACAGUAGACUUAGACAUAAUCCUUAUAAUUGGAGGGACCAUAUUUAUUGUAGUUAUUGUAUUUCCACAGGUAAAAUUGAGAUGAAAAAAGUUUUUUUCCCCCAAAAAGUAAAAACCAUUAACUUAACACCAUAUAAUGAGAACCUUUAUUACAUCCCUAGAACCGUCAGAGGUCCCUCUAGAUAUGUGGCAAGAAGUGUCAACAACCUGGGUUUUGCCUACUUUCCUGAUAUAAUUUCAGCGGGUAUAUUAAUUUCAUAGCAACUCAAUUUAAUCACCUGUCACAUGUGCUACCAGUGUUUCUUUCAGUAAUUUUCCCCCGGGGAGCACUUCAGAUUUUUCGGGGGAAGGGGGUGGGGGUGGGGCAGUGCCAGCAGUUCCAGUUGAUUUAUUGUUGGAUAUAUUUUUGCUCCGGGGGGCACUUAGUUUUCACGGGGGGGGGCAGUGCCCCCCGCGGGGAGAUAUAGCUGAAAGAAACCCUGUGUGCUACAGUUACACACUGUGGUAAGAAAAGUGAAAAAAAUGAAGAAAAACAAUACAAAGUCAUUUUAAAAUAAUGAAAAAAACAGUUUAAAAUUUUACACACUUUAUUUCAGGCUCCAAAGAAAAUCCAAAAGUUGCCUGAAAAUCAAAACACUGCUAUACUAUACCCAUUUUCCAAAAUGAUGGAAAAUUUAAAUGUUAUAAUUAACCACCCAUUGAAAUUAUAAUUUUUAAAAAUGAAAGUUAAAUCUAGUCAUAAAUUAACAAUUAUAGAAAAGAGAGUGAAUUCUACACAGAAACUCAAAUUGGCGCGGAUUGCGUAAAUUGACAGAUUAUAAUAUCUCACACAAAGCACAUCAUAAUUUUUUUUAGCCCCAAAAUUUGCAUCUAUAAGUUAGGAAUGAUGCUUGGAAAUUGGUAAAAUUACAAGUGUAGGUUAUGUUUAUGACAUGAUGUUAAGUUAAAUGUAUUUACCAUAUUUGCAGGGCUGUUGAUGCUGGUAGAAAUAUCUUAAAACAAGGCGACAUAAGAAUCUUGAGCCCUAUCAACAAUCCAGAAAAACUUAUUUGCAUUGGCAUGAACUACCGUGACCACUGUGCUGAGCAAAAUGUUCCAGUGCCAGUUGAGCCAGUUAUUUUCAGCAAAUUUAACAGUGCUAUCAGAGGCCCAAAUGAUACUAUUGAGUAUCCAAAUGAAACAAGUGUAUGUUAUUUAUCGUUGUUUCGAUAAGUCUGUACCAUGUUUUUAUUUAAGUUUUAUAGAUAAAAAAAAUUUGUAUACAAACUUUAAAUUUCUAUUUUUUAUGCAAAGCAUAAUUUUUCAAAAAUAGUUCAGCCUAUAUAAUGUUAAGCUUAAAAAAGAAAACGAAAAAUUCCUUCAUUGUUUGUAAUGGCUUAAUCUUAGCCUAAAAAUUGUUUGCAUUGGCUUAUUAUUAGCCUAAACAUUGUAUGUAUUGGUUUAUUCUUAGCGUAAACAUUGUUGUAUUGGCUCAAUCUUAGCCUAAACAUUGUUUGUAUUGGCUUACUUUUACUUCAGUCUAAACAAGAAGCUUAGGCUCUUUGCUAAUUUAAUUUUUUUAAAAUAAUUUAGUUUUUUAAAAUUCAAAAUCAAAUAUUGCAGCAACUGGAUUGGGAAGUAGAGUUGGCUGUAAUUAUUGGAAAAGAAGGAAAAAAUAUUGCUGUAAGUAUGAAAACGCAAUUAAUUAAAAAUUUUAGUGGUGAGUAGGUAGAAGAGACAACAUAUGAUCUAACGUUUUAAUCCAGAUGAAAAUUUUGACCCACCUUCCUCUCGUGAAUUGUUUAGAAAUUUGGUUAAAAAUUCAUAUAAAAGUUUGCAACUGAACUCAACACAAUAAUAACUCAUGUAAACUUAUAAAAAAUAAUUCAUUAACAGAAAGAAGAGGCUAUGAACUUUGUAUUUGGAUACACUGUAGCUCAUGAUGUAAGUGCAAGAGACUGGCAACUCCAACGCAAUGGAAAUCAAUUCCUUGUAGGAAAAAGCAUGGAUGGGUUUUGCCCCCUUGGUCCAGCUAUUGUCACUAAAGAGGCUUUGCUGGGUAUGUUUGAGAUCAUCAUGCAAUUUUGUUGGUAUUUAAAAAAAAAAAAAAUAGUUUAGAAUUUGCACUCUCUCCUAAAAUACGCAAAUUAAAAACAUAAAAUUGCCAUAUUUUUCUCAGGUGUUUUAAUAUGAAUCAGAAGAACAUAAAGAAAAUCCCCAGGAACAAUCUUUUCACCUGUCAGCUGCUGUUAAACACCAUGAUUUAGCACACCCAGAAAAUCUAUGUGAUUCCAAAUUGAAAGCUUAAUUUUUUUUUUUUUCAGAUCCUCACAAUUUGAGACUUUGGACCAAAGUAAAUGGUGUUUACAAACAGGACAGUAAUACAAGUCAAUUGGUUUUCAAGACAGAAGAGUUGGUUGCUUUUUUGUCAAGGUUAGCAUUUCUUUUUCAUGACAUUUAUGUUUAAGUUGAUGUAUUAAAAAUAAAAUUUUGACUCCAUCUGCAUCUGUGUUGAUCAACUUGAAAAGGACUGCUCUACUCAUAGUAGGGUUGCAUCAGCUAUUUCACACUUUGGGUAUGAACUUGCCCCGUCCUUGCAAAGAAAUUUAUUUUGCAGUGGGAUUUUCUGGAUCGCCUCUUAAUUCUAGAGCAGCUACUCUUUUAGCUUCAUGCUGCAUGAAGCCCUCAUGUAUUGAAGAAUAUAAGUCUUUGAAGUUUUUUUUACAGACUGCUUUCCACAUAGACAUAGAAACUGCCAUAAAAUGUAUAAUAUAAAAUAUUCUCUUUGACUGCCAUAAGUCUGACAUUCACAGAUGUCUUGCAUAGUUCAGCAGAAUCUGCCAUCAAGAUGGUGAAUAUGCCGUGGAGUCCUGCUUUAGGAAGUGAGUGUCAGGGCCAGGUUCUGCUAUUUCACAAUUUUUUCACUGGAGCGCAACUGGCUUGUGUAGACUUUUAUUUCAGUCAGGACGCUUAAGUCCCACAUAGUCUAAAAGUUUUAGGACAAUCUUCCAAAGUUUCUGCUCGAUUUUGCAAUUGAAAGGUUCACAUCAUUUUUAGACGGUGGUGCUUUGGGACAGUGUGUAGCCAAUCUUGUCUGGAAAAAUUGGAGCCUCCGCGAUUUAAUAUUUUAUUUUUUCCCUUUGUAAAUUUAUUUAUUUAUUAAUAUGUAUAUAUAUAUAUAUAUAUAAGAAAAACAAUACUUCUACAAAUGAAAUAAUAAAUGAAAAUUGCCUGGUAUUUACAAAUCUUUAAUUAUUUAGUGCAUUAAAAAGCCUUAAUUUAAACUAUAUAAAACUAACUUUAAAUACAGGGUAUCGAGGUUUUUUUUCCCCACACUCCCAUGAUUACUUUUUUUUUUUAAAUUAUUUAGUUUUCAUUUAGUUUAUUGUCAAUCACUUAUCUUUGUCGCAACAUUCAAAAACACUUACCUUUCAUACUAGGCAAAUAUUUCUAUCUUGAUGUUCUCAUUCUGUUUGAACAAAAAUAAAUGUGUUUUUCUGAUUAUUAAUAUUACGUUUGUAGAAAUACUCAGACAAUAUUCAGACCAAAUAGGCAGCUUUGCUUCAAUUUAAGUGUGCCUUAAAGUCAUUUGAACAUCCAUAGGUGCAUGUUUAUUCGUGAGUGUAAUAUUCAAUUAGUUUUAUUUUAUAUUUAUCUGGUUCAUUUUCUCAAUUCAUGAGUGGCUUUUAUAACUUUCAAUUUUUUUCAGAUUUUUUACCUUAAAACCAGGUGACACAAUUCUAACAGGAACUCCCCCAGGUGUUGGGGUAUUUAGAAAUCCUCCAGAAUUUCUAAAGGUAAAAUCGUGUGUUUUAUGUCUAACCUUUCUCAAUUAAUGUAUAAAACUUUUUAAAGGAAUUACUAUUUUAAAUAUAAAAAUUGUGCAUGAAAUAACUAUUAUUUGGAAAUUUUUUCGGUACAAUGAUGUUACCGUAUCUAUGAUUCUUAGAUUUAUGGUUCUUAAUUUUAGAGUUUCCUAUUUUUCAUCAGAUUUAAUUAUAAAAUAAUUAUCAAACAUUUUAAUUAUUGAGUAAAGUAAAUAAAAUGUAAAAAUUGUAUUUCCUUAUUCCUUGUUUUUCAGAAAGGUGAUGUUGUUGAAGUUGGUAUUGAAAAGAUUGGAGCCCUAACAAAUGCAAUUGUUUGAAAGCUUUAGAUUUAAAUUUGCAUUUAUUUUCUGCUAGAUGAUUUGGCAAUCAAUUAAAUGUGCAAACUGAAAUAAGUUUGAUAAUUAAUUCAAAUACUUUGCACACAAUAAUAGGCAUUUGUAAGGGACUUUUUAACUCAUUAUCUACUAAGUGCAGAAAAAUGCAUUUCAGGAACUUAUCCACUUCUGCUUAAUAUCAGUAGGAAAACAGCUUACAAUUUGUGAUCCCAUAUGCAGUGUGUUAUAUUUUUGUUGUUGGAAGAGUUUCCCUGCUCCAGUGUAGUUUUAAGACUGGGCGCAAAAAAAUGUUUUUUGUUUGUUUAAAUCAUGGAGAUAUUUGACAAUUAUUAAACCUUUGAAAACAAUUAUUAAAAUCCUGUUCCAAUCACAAAAGGUUGUAAUUAGAAACCAAAGAUAUGUACACUUACGAUGUUAGGCAAAUUUUGUAACCUCAUAAAUCUUAAAAAUAUGAAAUGUUACUUUUAUGUAUAAUAAAAUAGUUAAUAUUUCAUUAAAAUCUAUCAAAAUUUUACAUUAAAUUUUUAUUCAGGCAAAUUAGUAGAUAAAAUUAUGUCCAAUCCAUAUUUUCAAUGCAUUUGUUUCCAGUUAUUGUAAAAUGUGUUUUGUUUGGUCUUCUUAGGAGAAAAUUGAUUCACCAUGUUCACAUAUUAACUACUUAUAUUGCAAAAUAAUCCACUCAUGUGCAUGCAAUAUUAAGAUAGUUUCAGUCAUUUUUUAAACAUUGCCAUUGUUUUCAUUUUAAUUUUCACUCGGUAAUAGUAAACAGAUUUUUAAUAUAAUUAUUUUAAACAGAAUAUGUUUUGUUUUUAAAAAAAAAAAAUGAUGUUACCCGAAUUCUACAAUUUGCUUAAAGGGUGUAUGAUAAAGGUAAUCACUUUGUUAAUUUUGAUUUGUAAUGUUCUAGUCAGAUAUUUUAAAUUCAAACAUUUUAACCCUGCAACAAUGAUUUUUAGCACAAAUGGGUUGAAACAUAAUUUAAAUAAUCAUUAAGUCAUUUAAUUAUGUAAACUAGUUUUGUGUAAAAAGAUGUACUGUUUUAUUUGCUUUUAAAUAAAAAUGCCCUUAUAUUAGACUUAUAUUAUCUUAUUCAGAUUUUUUAUAUAAUCACUCAAUUUCUGACACCACAUAAAAGAAUGAAGCAUAUUCAUUAGAAUUUUUUAUUAUCUGGUGGUUUUUAUCUUUUGUAAAAGUGAUUUUCA